UCGAACACGGCCAAUGUCUGUGGUUACGCCUGUGUAGCUAGCUACACGCUGUGAAUUCUCAAAGCGUGUGCAUUUUACUCAUUUUACAGGUGUUUUGCAUGGUGCAGUACCGCUAGCUUUCAUCUAAUUUUCUGAAGACACUACUCAAAGUCAUGGGUGAACCCGUGGCUGAAAUGUGUGAUCAGCUCAUCAAAGCUGUGAACGUGAUGAUGGACGUGGAAUCUAGCCAAAUAUAUCGUCUGGAGGCCCUAAAGUUUUGUGAAGAAUUCAAAGAGAAGUGUGCCUUCUGUGUCCCAUGUGGGCUACAGUUAGCAGAUAAAACUCAAACAGCAGUGGUGAGGCACUUUGGUCUACAGAUACUGGAGCACGUCAUAAAGUUCAGAUGGAACAACAUGCCACAGAAGGAGAAAGUCCAGCUGAAGAACUGUGCUAUGGGUCUAUUGUCAUCUGGCACCUAUCCUAUCCUGGAGGAGGAGAGCUACAUCAAGGAUGUUCUCUCGCGGAUCAUAGUGGAGAUGAUCAAGAGAGAAUGGCCUCAGCACUGGCCUGACAUGCUGAAGGAGAUGGAGGCACUCACCAGCGUAGGGGAGGCCCAGACAGAGCUGGUGAUGUUGAUCCUGCUGCGGCUGGCGGAGGACGUGAUCACCUUCCGGACCUUGCCCACCCAGCGUCGCCGGGACAUCCAGCAGACCCUCACCCAGAACAUGGAGAGUAUCUUUAGCUUCCUGCUCGCCAUCCUGCAGCUCCACGUCGAUGAGUACCGCAAACUGAAAAGAAUACCUGGCCAAGAAUUGCAGGCCAAGGCCCACUGUCGUGUAGGCGUGGCUACUCUAAACACCCUGGCAGGCUACAUAGACUGGGUGGCCCUGGCAAACAUCACCAGUGACAACUGUCGCCUGCUGGAGAUUCUCUGUCUGCUGCUCAGUGAGACAGAGCUGCAGCUGGAGGCUGCCGAGUGCCUGCUCAUCGCCAUUAGCCGCAAGGGGAAGCUGGAGGACAGGAAACCCCUCAUGGUGCUGUUUGACGACGUCGCCAUGCACUACAUCCUGUCUGCUGCACAGUUUGCAAAUGGAGCUGCAAUAUGCAACAAAUCCUCUCCAACACAGCCAGAGGGGACGGGGUUGGUGGAGACACACUACAUCUUCCUGAAGAGGCUAUGUCAGGUCCUGUGUGCCCUGGGCAGCCAACUCUGCUCAUUAGUGGGUUCAGAUGUGGAGGUAGAGGUACCUGCAAACCUUAGCAAGUACACAGAAGCAUUCCUGGCCUUCACCACACACCCAAGCCAGUUCCUUAGGUCUUCCACCCAGAUCACGUGGGGAACCCUGUUCAGACAUGAGAUUCUCUCCAAGGAUCCUGUUAUCAUCCAGAUGACCAUCAAGUACUUUAGAGCCACCAUGACCAACCUAGUCAAGACUGGUUUUCCUUCCAGGAAUGACAGUCCCAGCUGUGAGUACUCCCGUCAUGACUUCGACAGUGAUGAAGACUUCAACUCCUUCUUCAACUCGUUCCGAGCGCAGCAGGGGGAGGUGGUCCGGAAUGCGUGUCGUAUUGUCCCCUUGGAGGCCUUCCAGAUUGCAGCAGAGUGGCUGCAGUAUCAGAUCAGUACGCCGAUCGACAUCGGAACCACUGUGUCUAAGACGGCUGAGGGGCUGUGUUCUAUCCUGUCUCCGGCAGCGGUCCAGUGGGAUGCUAUGACCUUCUUUACAGAGAGUGUUGUGGGAAAGAUCUUCAAGAACGUGGAGGAUGAGAAGUUGCCUGUAGACCAGGGCGUUGAGCUGCUACAGGCGGUGUUGAACUACAAUACCAGAGACCCUCUCAUCCUGUCCUGUGUCCUCACCAACGUCUCCGUCCUCUUCCCCUUCGUCACACACCGACCUCACUUCCUGCCUCAGGUCCUCUACAAGCUGUUUGCCUCCAUCACAUUUGAGGUGGUAGAGGAGAGCAAGGCACCACGGACGCGUGCGGUGAAGAACGUCAGAAGACACGCCUGCUCCUCCAUCAUCAAGAUGUCUCGAGACUACCCACAAUUCAUUCUUCCGUGCUUUGACAUGAUGUAUAACCACGUGAAAAAGCUGUUCUCCAAUGAGGAUCUGUUGAACCUGCUGGAGAAGUGUGCUUUGAUGGAGGCCCUGGUCCUCAUCAGUAACCAGUUCAAAGACUACAACAAGCAGAAAAACUUCCUGGAGGAGCUAAUGGGCACCGUGGCUGCUCGCUGGACCUCCGAUGAGAUGAGGCAUGUGCUGUGGGAUCCUGCUCUGUUCCUGGCCUUCGUUGGUGCUGAUCAGCUGGUGGCUGAAGGCACAGAACACACAACGGGCAUCAACAGGUCACGGUUGAGUUUCUGUGUAUACACCAUCCUGGGGGUGGUGAAGAGGGCCCGCUGGCCAGCUGACCUGGAGGAAGCGAAGGCUGGGGGCUUUGUAGUGGGCUACACCCCUAAUGGAGCCCCCAUCUACAGAAACCCCUGCAACACCCAGGUCCUGGCCCUGCUGCCCAACCUGCUCGCCCUCAUCAGAACCCACAACAGUCUGUUCCUGCCGGAGAACAUGUGUCGUCUGAGUGAGACGUUCUCCAGGGCCUACGACAUGAUAGAGGUGGAGAAGAACGUGGUUCUAGGCCUGCCUCAGCCAGCCCUGGACAUCUAUGACCCUCCAGUGUAUAAGACUCAUCUAGAGCGCAUGCAGGGAUUCUUCUGUACCCUCUACGACAACUGUUACCAUACCCUGGGGAAGGCAGGCCUAUCAUUGCAGCAGGACUUCUACACCAUCGAGGGAUUGGCUGAACAGAUUGUUGGUUCUGCCUUCGUCUCCCUCGACAACGUGCCUGACCACAGACUCCGCACCAUGAUCCGGGUGUUCCUGAAGCAGCUGGUGGUGUCGUGUCCACAGGAGUGCUACGACAGUCUGCUCUGCCCCCUGCUGGGCCCUCUGUUCGCCUACAUGCUACAGAGACUCCAUCUCAGGUGGCAGAUCAUCAACCAGAGGAGUACUGUCAGUGGGGAGGAGGACGAGUCGUGUGAGGAGAAUCAGGAGAUGCUUGAGGAGCAGCUGGUUCGGCUGCUCACCAGAGAGGUUCUGGACCUGCUCACUCACGCCUGCAUAAUGAAAAAAGUGCCUGAGCCAGCAGGGAAUAAGGAGGAUGUGGAUGAGGAGGAGAUGAUGUCCACUGAGUCCCAGGCAGUCGCUGCCUCUCCAGCCCAGCCAACAGGCGAACUGACGGAGCUGGGGAAGUGUCUUCUCAAACACGAGGACAUCUAUAUGACCUUGUUGACCAUCUCAUUCACCUCGCUAUCCUGGAAGGACACCAGUAAUUGUCACCGCACUGCCUCCAUCGUGUGCUGGACCCUGCUACGACAGGUCGUAGGAGGGAACCUUUUGCCAGAGGCGGUCACAUGGUUCUAUACCAGUGUUCUGAAGGGACUGCAGAUGCAUGGGCAGCAUGAGAUCUGCAACUCAGCCCUCACACAACUGGCUCUGCUUAUGUACGAGAACCUGCGGCCGCGGUACAUGGAGCUAAGAGACGUGAUGACUCAGAUCCCCGACAUCAAUCUGGAGGCUCUAGACCAGUACGACCAGCGGCUGCUGGAGCCCAGCUCUGCUCAGAGGUUGGGAGAGAAGAAGAGGAAGGACCAGUUCAAGAAGCUCAUUGCUGGCACUGUGGGGAAAGCUCUGGGCCAGCAGUUCAAAAAGGAGGUACAUAUCCGAAAUCUUCCGUCUCUCUUUAAGAAGCCCAAGCCUGAGAAAAGGGACAUUCUGGAGACCAGUGAGAGUGGAGCACUAGCAGCUCUCUUCUCCCCAGUACUGGACGGCAUCUAGAAGCACAGAGCAGCACAAGGAGGCCCUCAGUCAGGCCUAACACACACACACUACAAUCAGCUGUUACAGGACUUCAACUGGACUAGCAUACACACAAACAUGCAUACACAUUUCCUCACUAGCACAACAUAUUUAGCUUACAUUGUGUUUUGGUAGCUCCGCAAACAUGGAGCAUCCACUUGAGUGCUAAACGACAGCAGCCAUUGUGUGCCAGAAGAACCUGAAUGGGAUCCAGUGAGCAUGUCUGAGGUGUAAGACUUCAAAGUAGUCUGCUGUAUAAGGAGAGAUAUUUUCAAACCAAUGUUUUGUACAGGAUCAUUACUCUGUUGAUGGUUGAAGUAGAAUUGUCAUUGUGACUUUUGUUUUGCACUGGUUCUCCCAGCUGUGAACGUAUGAGAAACCAGCACUACAUUUCUCCUAUGUUAAUGGAAUAGUUUGCCGCAACAUCAACUUUUAGGCGUUAUUGUUUGUGAAAACUGAAAACUCUCAUAUUUUAUGCCAUCUGUUUUGUAGGUCUGGUUUGUAGGUCACAUUUGUGUGCAUUUGGAAAAAGCUGCAGGUGUGAAUCCCAAAUAAAUAGGAAAAAUAUUGUGAGUUUAUAUGUUGCCUGUCUGUCUUUCCCAUUAAUAUGGGACCGAAGCCUGCUGAUUUCUCAAAAUACAUACAGAAUGAUCUGCAUUUUCUGAUGGCAUAAAAUAUAAUAGUCAGGGGACUUUGUUACAUCACUUUUAAGGAACAAGGAAUUGGGAAGAAUCUUAGAUUUUUGGUAUGAACUACCCCUUUAAAUCUCCACACCCUGUCAAUGAGUGAUUGUUCAUGUGGCCAUCGUUUUUUUAUAUACAUUCACUAAUGGUAAAAAAUGUGUGCUUGUACAGGGACAAAGUAUUAAACUGUAGUGCUGUUUAUAUUUUGCUGUUUUUAAAUAAAGGUAGACUUAAGGUUA